AUGGGGAAGAUCGACUUGAUAGAUGCUCAUGUACAUCUUUACGACGAAGAGAACCUAAGCUCACUGAGGUGGAUGGAUAAAUCACUUCCAAUUAGUUGCGAGCACACAGCAACCAAGUAUCGGGUACAGAACUGGAAUCAGGGCUCUAGUCUAUUCAAUUUUAAGGGCGUUAUCUAUAUUGAAUCAGACGUCAAGACAGACCUUUCAAGUGGCCUUGAAGGCUUUACACCUGCUGUACGAGAAUUGAAAUUUGUAAUGGAACAGUCCAUCAAAGAAAAAGGCUUGAUUCUUGCCGUAGUUCCGUGGGCACCGGUACCUUUAGGACCACAGAUACUGGAACUCUACAUCGAUAAACUAUUUGAAGAUAUCAAUCCACAAAAGAUCUCUUUAGUGAAGGGUUUUCGAUUUCUUUUGCAAGACAAGCCGGAUGGAAUCAUGGUUUCAAAGAAGUUCAUCGAAUCCAUCAAGUGGAUGGCUAAGAAUAACUUUGUCUUCGAGCUGGGCAUUGAUUUUCAUCGUCGUGGAGAUGGCCAGUAUAGAGAGGUGGGUGUUUUGUUUGAAAGUGUAAAAAAUGCAACAUUUGUCAUAGAUCAUUUUGGGAAGCCCAAUCUUGCGGUUGAUGGGUUUUCAGGCAACUUCAAUGGAUGGAAGCGCUCGAUGAAGAACAUCCAUGAGAUAGCUAUAAAAAAUAACAAUGCAGUCUACUUGAAACUUAGUGGUUUGAUUUCUGAACUUGACAAACAUGCUGAGAAUAUCAGUUACGAAGAAAUCGUGCAAAGAGCCACUCCCUACUUCGAAUAUGCGCUGCAGACAUUCGGACCUUCUAGAGUUAUUUGGGGAAGUGACUGGCCAGUAUGCAAGCUUAAUGGUGGAGAGACAGCCUUUCCAUUAUGGAGAAACCUAACCAUGGACAUUCUAAACAGUCUUGAGGCAUCUGAUGACGAUAAACAAAGAGUUUUCAGCGUCAAUGCCAUGAAUGCCUACAAUAUACAUGCCAGCUGA